AUGGCGUUAUUAUGGUGUGUGCUGGCGUGCGCGCUGGCCAUUGCGCAGGCUCAGUCGAACUACGGGUCCCAAGCGAACAAUAUCGAAUACCAGGGAGAGGGGCUCCCUGAACAAACCGUUCUAGAUGGAAAGGUUACAAAACUCGAUGAUUUGAGUCCAGUGAUAUUCUUGAACCGAACGAAGGCUGCCCUCAACUGUGCCGCCGGCUCUAUGCAGAUCGAGUUGAAAUUCAACGAGAAGUUUUAUGGCAUAGCUUACGCAGACUUCGACCGUCACUCGGCCUGCCAGGUGCAGGGCAAGGGGGCCCUCUCCUACAAGCUGGAACUACCGCUCAAAGGGUGUGGCACCAAACAGGAUCCUCUGCGAGUGUUCACCAACAACAUCGUGGUGAGGUUCCACCCAGGGUUAGAGAUGGACGGAGACGAGGUCAUCACCAUCGUCUGCCGCUACCCGCCGCCCAUCGUGCCCAAACCCGUCUUCAACCCUCUUAUCUUCACGCCAGAGACAGGUCCCCUCCCUGCGAAGGCACCUCUCGCCGGCACCCACAUCUUGAUGAUCAUCUGCGCGAUCCUGUUCCUCACGCUGCUGCUUCUGGGUCUCGGAGUGUCCUACCUAUGUCUGAGGAGACGAGCCCUCCCGGCGCCGAGGAGGUUCAUCGAUGACUCCUCUGCUUCUAUCGUCAGCAGGGAGAGUAUUCAAGAGGUCAAGAUACCUCGAGCUCACCCAGUGUACCCGGCGGCGGCAGAGGUAGCCAGCGUGGCGUCCGACACGAUACCGUCCGACUAUCCGUCGGAGACUCCCAGCGAAGCCGAGCAGGCACAUAGUAACGCUGCCUUCAUGAUGGACGAGUCUUACCAUAGCGAAGGCUACGGCUCAACUCGCGAGGCAAUAACACAGAACGCCCGCCUAGUGUCAGGCGCGGCGCCCGCCUUCGACGUGCGCGUGCGCGUGCAGCGGCCGCCCGCGCCGCCCUCGCCGCCCUCCACCAUCACGCUCACUGAGACCGACGGAGGCAGUAUACGCCAAGCAGCGACGUACCUCUCCGAGGAACACGAGCGCCAGGAGUCAGUCCGCACAGUGUCGCCGGUGGCCCUCCCCCUCCCCGCGCGUGCCUCCCAGUUACCUCCUCCAGAGAGACCUCCGAGGCCUCCUGCAGUCUACUCCCAGGUUAACAGGGAGAAACAGGAGUGGUCGAGACGUCCGCGGUCCAUCGUGUCCUUGAACACUGAGAUGACCGACACACACUCUGUCACUGAAGUCACUGACAGAUCACAUGCAAGGAUGUUCCACAUCAAGAAACCUCCUCCACCACCUCCUGUAAUGAGGGAGCGCUUGGAGACUGAAGAACAGGAGAUGCUGAUGGAGAGUCUCGAGCCCAUCCCGGAGACACCCAUCAUGCCAGCCAGGAAACCCGAGAUCACAUCCCACGUAGUAGACGAUGUGUUCCUCCGCACGAUCACCGAAAAGAAGACCAUAGAAGACAUUGAGCGCCACAAGCGCCUCGUGACAGAAUACAAACAGGUGCCGGCCCCUCCGCCACAGUUUGACGUCACUAUACGGAACCACACGGUGCCUGAGGCCCAGUGGGAGAACUUCUCCGACAUCAGCUCAGCAUCAGGCAUGACGCUCACUCCGAAGAUGGAGAGGGUCCCUCUGUCAUUGCCGCCGCAGAAGUAUAUUGGUAAAGGCGGCCCCGACCUAUUCUCUCCCGAACUAAUCAAGCAGACCGACCGGUCUACCCAGAACUACCAGGCACCACCAUCAGACCUUCCACUCUUACCCGAGCUACCACCAGCUCGCAACCCAUUGUUCAGAGAUGAGGAUGACGAGGAUGUGCCAGAACCGAUCCCAGCGCCACCUGUACCAAGCAACUGGAGUGUGCUUACUAGAGUCCUGAAGACUGAGGCUCAGGAUGAGGUACUAUCAGAAACUGAACGUUCAUACCGUCUGACACGCGAGGAACGUCUCCGUUGGCGUGAGCUGAUCACCCACGAGAGCACUCUCCGUCGUGAACUGGCGCGCUCCAGUACUCGCGAGGAGUUCUCCAGGGUGGCACAUGAUCAUCGAUUCGCACCACUUUAUGCUCCACCUAAGUGGGAAGUCAUCAUUCGUAUUCUGGCUCCACCACUAGAUAAACCCAAGAACCGAUACCGCAAGAAGACAGAGUGGGACUCACGUUCUCGACGUAGUUCCUUGCCUACAUUGUACGAGUACGACAGUGACGCCACCUCGCUGAGAGAUCCGCAACGAUCGCGCCGCUCUUCAUACCGCAGUGACCAUGUUGAUAUGAGGUCUAUGUCAGAGAUGAUGGUGGACUACGCGCGUGAGCAGGCAGACACUCACUCGGAAGUGUCGGCCGGCACUCAGCUCGGGCGGUACUACGAUGACGACAGCGACUCCGAACAUCCCUUCCAUCAGAACCAGUCAUGGUCCCGCCACUCCCUCCACCGCUCAGUGAGCCAGCCGUCCCUGGCGCGCUCGGCGACCGAGGUGGUGGAGCAGUGGACAGCUCCCGAGGGAGACGUUACUCCCACUCCUGGACGCAGGAUUAGAGGUCCACAAGGAUUAACGACCUUCACCUCAUCUGAAGUGCGAACCUUCCAGGCGUCCCGAGAAUGGCGCGAAUAA